GCGCCUCCCUCAGCUCUCUCCUCCGCCCCCCUUCGCCCUCCCCUUUCCCUCCUUUUCUCCUCCUCCUCCUGCCGCCGCGCCGCUGCCAGACCUCGCCAGUUCAGACCCACGGGGCUGCCCUCCCCUGCGCUCUCCCCUCGCUGCCCGGGCCAGGAGCGCAGCGCGGCCGCGCAGGUAGGAACCCCGGAGCGGGGGUCACACCGGCGCACCCAGUGCCCGCGUGGCCGCGCGCUGAGGAAUUCACGAUGUUGAAAGCCCUUUUCGUAACUAUGCUGACUCUGGCGUUGGUCAAGUCACAGGACACUGAAGAAACCAUCACGUACACGCAAUGCACAGAUGGAUAUGAGUGGGAUCCUGUAAGACAGCAGUGCAAAGAUAUUGAUGAAUGUGACAUUGUCCCAGAUGCUUGCAAAGGUGGAAUGAAAUGUGUCAACCACUAUGGAGGAUACCUCUGCCUUCCUAAAACAGCCCAGAUUAUUGUCAACAAUGAGCAACCUCAGCAAGAAACACCAGCAGCCGAAGGUGUGGGUGCAGCUGCAAAUGCAGCCGCAACCUCUAGUACAGGCACUGGGGGUGUAGCAGCCACUGGCGUCGCUGCCAGUGGAGUGGUGCCUGGGGGUGGUUUUGUCGCCAGUGCUGCUGCUGAAGUGCAGACUGGCCGAAAUAACUUUGUCACCCGGCGGAACCCAGCUGACCCUCAGCGCAUUCCCGUCAACCCUUCUCACCGGAUCCAGUGUGCAACAGGCUAUGAGCAGAGUGAGCAUAACGUGUGCCAAGACAUAGACGAAUGCACUGCAGGGACACACAACUGUAGAGCCGAUCAAGUGUGCAUCAAUUUACGAGGUUCCUUCGCCUGUCAGUGCCCUCCCGGGUAUCAGAAGCGAGGAGAGCAGUGUGUGGAUGUAGACGAAUGCACCAUCCCUCCAUAUUGCCACCAAAGAUGUGUGAACACACCAGGAUCAUUUUAUUGCCAGUGCAAUCCUGGGUUUCAGUUGGCAGCAAACAACUAUACCUGUGUAGAUAUAAAUGAAUGUGAUGCCAGCAAUCAAUGUGCUCAGCAAUGCUACAACAUUCUUGGUUCGUUCAUCUGUCAGUGCAAUCAAGGAUAUGAGCUAAGCAGUGACAGGCUCAACUGUGAAGACAUUGAUGAAUGCAGAACCUCGAGCUACCUGUGUCAAUAUCAGUGUGUCAAUGAACCUGGGAAAUUCUCAUGUAUGUGCCCCCAAGGAUACCAAGUGGUGAGAGGUAGAACAUGUCAGGAUAUAAAUGAGUGUGAGACCACAAAUGAAUGUCGGGAAGAUGAAAUGUGUUGGAAUUAUCAUGGCGGCUUCCGUUGUUACCCACGAAAUCCUUGUCAAGAUCCCUAUGUUCUAACAUCAGAGAACCGAUGUGUUUGCCCAGUCUCAAAUGCAAUGUGCCGAGAACUUCCUCAAUCCAUCGUCUACAAAUACAUGAGCAUUCGAUCUGAUAGGUCUGUACCAUCAGACAUCUUCCAAAUACAGGCCACAACCAUUUAUGCCAACACUAUCAACACUUUUCGGAUUAAAUCUGGAAAUGAAAACGGAGAGUUCUACCUAAGACAAACAAGUCCUGUAAGUGCAAUGCUUGUGCUGGUGAAGUCGCUAUCAGGACCAAGAGAAUAUAUAGUGGACCUGGAGAUGGUGACAGUCAACAGUAUAGGAACCUUCCGCACUAGUUCAGUGUUAAGAUUGACAAUAAUAGUGGGGCCAUUUUCAUUUUAGUGUUUUUAAAGAGUCCAUUGUAGGCGUUUAAAUCAGCCAAAGAAUAUUGUUAUCUUAAAGCACUAUUUUAUUUAUAGACAUAUCUAGUUCAUCUACAUCUAUAUACUGUACACUCAUGAAUAAUUCAAACAAUUACACCAUGGUAUAAAGUGGGCAUUUAAUCUGUAAAGAUUCAAAGGUUGUCUUUCUUACUGUAUGUAAAUUAGACAUUAAUCCACUAAACUGGUCUUCUUCAAGAGAGCUAAGCAUACUCUUUCUGGUGAAACUUGGAUUCUUUUCUGGAAAAGUGGGACCACGCAAUGAUUGUCUUCUGUGGUGCUUAAGGAAACUUACCACAGCUCCACUGACAGUCUCAUAAGGAGACAGUCACCAUAACAUUGAACAGCAUGCAAGUUCAAGAAGGAGAUUUUAACUGCUUUGUAAGAAAAUGGAAAAAGUCAAUAAAGAUAUAUUUCUUUAGAAAAUGAA